AUAUAUGAGUAUUUGAUCACCAUCGCCGACGAGGCGCAGUAUUUCUGGAAGGGAAAGCCUACGGGGGCGACCGUGCUAUUCUUUCUCAACCGAUAUGUGUCUCUCUGUUGGUACGUAGUACAAUUUGCGAGCUAUGCGAGCGUGUCGGACGGGGAAAGCCACGGACUAGUUGCUAGUGAUGAACAAACCUAG